AUUUCCAUUCCAGAGAAGUUCUAAGAAUUUUCUAGAAAAAUUUUCAGGGAUGGCAGACAGCAGUGCAGGAGUUCAGGAUAAGGGGACUCUCUGGCCUAAGUAUCCAUCUGAUCACACAUUGGAUUCAUUGGCACCUCACUUCAGUCUCUGUGAUUCAUUUGCUAAUCCAAAUGAACAAAGGAAUCUAAAUUUUUACCCAAAAGCUAGAGAAUCUUCGAGAAAGAGGCAGCCUGGUGAAUCUUUAUUAAACCAUAAGGAAAAAGAUGUUUUAACAGGUUUAGGACUUGUACAGGUACCACAGCUUAAGAAAAAGCGACUGACAUUUGAAAAAGUACCUGGAAGAAGUGAUGGACAAACACGUCUUAAAUUCUUUUGAAGGAAAUUGAGAAUUAGAUAUGACAGAUGUUUUUUUAAUUGUGUGGAAUAUUUCAAGGGAGCCAUUUUAAAUAAUUUAAUAAUUACUUUUGCCCCAGUUUUCUGGUAAUUUUCAUAUGCUGAGAAGUUAUUUGGUUAAGGAUUUGCAUUAUUAAUUAAUAUUAUUUUUUAAAUAUUUUACCAAACAAGU